AAAGUGUGACCUUUUUGAGCGAAAAGGUUUCCUUUUCGCACUUUAGCGUCCCGCUCCCUGAGGUCUAAUGUGAAAACCCCAAAUAUUGGACGCCAUUUUUGUGCAGAGAACAGAAAGAAAUUUAGAAAAUAGAAGUCUAGAUCUAUUGGAGGUCACCUAUAUUAUAGAGUUACAAUGGCAGAUGAUUUUGAUGUGGAAGCCAUGUUGGAGGCACCAUAUAGAAAGGAGGAUGAUGGCCGUGGAGAUGCUUCCUACGACAGAGAUCGCAAGUCCUCUCGAAGGAGAAGCCGAGAGAGAAGUAGAGAUCGAGAUAGGGACAAGAGAAGGAGUAGAGAGAAGGAUAAGGAGAGAAGAAGAAGCAAGGAGAGACGCCGCAGCCGAGACAGGGAAAGGAAACGUAGUCGCAGCCGAGAAAGGAAGAGGAGUAGGAGCAAGGAAAGACGCAGGAGUAGAGACCGGGGAAGGCACAGGAGCAAGUCGCCCAAAAAAUUCAUCAAACGCAGCAUCAGUAAAAGUCCUGUCAGGGAGCCACCACAAGAUCUCACUCCAGAAGAACGUGAUGCAAGGACUGUUUUCUGUAUGCAGUUAUCAGCCAGAAUUAGACCUCGAGAUCUUGAGGAGUUCUUCUCUUCAGUGGGUGAGGUGAAAGAUGUUAGACUGAUCACAGACAAUAAGACACGGAGGUCAAAAGGUAUAGCAUAUAUAGAGUUCAAGGACACAGAAUCGGUUCCACUUGCCAUGGGUUUGACCAAUCAGAAACUUCUAGGUGUACCAAUUAUAGUACAGGCGUCACAAGCAGAGAAGAAUAGAACUCCCAUGCCAACAAACAUUAUAACAAAGAAUCAACAGACUGGUCCUAUGAGGCUGUAUGUAGGCUCAUUGCAUUUUAACAUCACAGAGGAUAUGCUGCGAGGAAUAUUUGAACCAUUUGGAAAGAUUGAGGACAUCAAACUUAUCAGGGAUCAUGAGACAGGAAAAUCACAUGGUUAUGGUUUUAUUACAUAUAAAAGUGCCGAGGAUGCCAAAAAAGCCCUGGAACAGUUGAAUGGUUUUGAGUUGGCAGGACGACCAAUGAAGGUUGGAAAUGUUACAGAGAGACAGAUGGAUGUACAGACAGGUGGACAGCUGGAUAAUGAUGAACUUGACCGUGCUGGUAUAGAUCUCGGAGCAACUGGCAGGUUACAGCUGAUGGCCAAACUGGCAGAAGGAACUGGGUUUGAGAUACCAGAUUAUGCAAAGAACUCCCUACAGAUGCAAGGAAUGCCAGCCACAGGCCCAGCAGCUCCUGCAAUAAAACCUCAGGUCCCUGCUGCCACCACUCAAGCACCACCCAUAGCAACACAGUGUUUCAUGCUCUCCAAUAUGUUUGAUCCUACAAUUGAAUCAAAAACAAGCUGGGAUCAGGAAAUCCGGGAUGAUGUGAUUGAAGAGUGUAGUAAGCAUGGUGGUGUGUUACACAUCUUUGUGGACAAGGCGUCGGCACAAGGAAAUGUUUAUGUAAAAUGUCCAACAAUAGCAGCAGCAGUGGCAUCUGUUAACUCAUUACAUGGAAGAUAUUUUGGAGGUAAAAUCAUAACAGCAGCAUACGUACCACUUCCGAAUUACCACCAGUUGUUUCCAGAGGCUCAGCGAGCUAGUCAAUUACUUCUCCCUUCUACACAGACUCUCAGUAUUGGAGGAUUUGCACCACAAACUUCUUUAUUCAACGGGAGUCUUGUCAGAUGAAAUUUAGAUUUCUCCAUUCCUGUACACACAUGAAAUAUAUAUAUAAGUUAAAAAUGCGAUAUCCAGGUUUGUUCGAAGGCUUUUUAAGCAUGGACAUACUUGAGUGAUACUUGGCCAGAUUUUUAUACUAUUUUUACUGGUUUAUUGAGGGAAGUCGUCACGUGGAAAUGAGAUAAAGGCUAGUGUUACGCUGGUAGGCACAAUUUUUUGCGUCUGUUCUGACAUGAUUACAGAUAAUGUACAUUGUUCUAGUGUUGAUAGGGAAAAAACGUAAUUUGGGAGUUGGAGAAUAAUUAAGAUCGGUGCAAAUUAAAACUAAUAAGUGUUGUUGAAAAUAACUUUAGAUUUAUUAUUCUGGUUGUACAUUGAGGAUUUUUAUACGCCCAAAGGGACGUAUUAUGUUAUGACGCUGGUGUCCGUCCGUCCGUCUGUCCGUAUGCAAUUUCGUGUCCGCUUUGUAACUCUUGAACCCCUUGAAGGAUUUCAAGGAAACUUGACACAAAUGUUCACCACACCCAGACGACGUGCAGAGCGCAUGUUCCGGAUGUCUCGCUUCAAGGUCAAGGUCACACUUAGGAGUCAAAGGUCAUAUCAGUUUGUUUCGUGUCCGCUCUGUAACUCUUGAACCCCUUGAAGGAUUUCAAAGAAACUUGACACAAAUGUUCACCACACCAAGACGACGUGCAGAGCGCAUGUUCCGGAUGACUUGCUUCAAGGUCAAGGUCACACUUAGGGGUCAAAAGUCAUAUCAGUUUGUCGUGUCCGCUCUGUAACUCUUGAACCCCUUGAAGGAUUUCAAGGAAACCUGACACAAAUUUCACCACACCAAGACGACGUGCAGAGCCCAUGUUCCGGAUGACUUGCUUCAAGGUCAAGGUCACACUUAGGGGUCAAAAGUCAUAUCAGUUUGUUUCGUGUCCGCUCUGUAACUCUUGAACUGCUGGAAGGAUUUCAAAGAAACUUGGCAGAAAUGUUCACCACAUAGCAACGAUGUGCAGAGCGCAUGUUCCGGAUGACUUGCUUCAAGGUCAAGGUCACACUUAAGGGUCAAAGGUCAUAUAUGACUUUGCUUUGUGUAUAUUGCUCUGCAUUGCAGUGCUCUUGUUUUUAUUUGGCAGAUCUCUUUUUUUGUACUUACAAUAAAAUUUUUUUGAAUUACUUCCCUUUUAUGUUACUAUAAAUAGCUUAUUUUGAAACUUUUUUAUUAUUGGCCGUAGGGAAAAACCGAGACCACUUUUCUGUGGUACAACAUGGAUGGUACCUCCAAUUUUAAGGUGUAUUUUUACAUACCUGUACCUGAUAAGGAUUUUUUUGUAGACUUUGAAUUUUUUUUUUUUUUUGUGGACUUAGAUUAUUUUUUUUGAAGUUUUGCUUUGUUGUUCCAGUCCUUUGGGGCUUCAACAGUCAAGUUCUCCCAUCCUAUGAUGUAAGCCUUUGGGCGUAUAUUGCCCCGCUUGGCGGCGCUCUUGUUUUACAUUUCAUCAUUUUUUAGCGGAUGUGAUUGAUUAGUGGGGAUUAGGGAAUGUAUGUGUUGCAAGGCCCUUAACUCACUAUGAUGGGGUUAGUUCCCUUUAAAAAAAACGGGGAUGUUCUGAUGCAUUUUCAAGGGAAAGUCACAAAGUUGGUAUAACACAUUUGUUACUCAGGAAUAUCUUUAGACUUACAGAAUACAUCAGGUAUUUGAAUUUCAUCUGAUACAAAGUAAAUUUCAGUUAAUUUAAAGAUCUUUUCAUACAGAUUAUUUUGAUAUAUAUUAUUUAGCAGGAACUUGUGUAGAAUAUUGCAAAAAUAAUUUUGUUAAAUAGGGAAUAUUGCAUUUUUGGCAAGAAACUACUAAAACUUAAAACUUGUGUUAUAUGAUUUGCCCUUGAUGUCAAAUGUUUAUAAACGUUGGUUAAUGAAGUGUUUUUUUUAGCUAGGAUGCUUAAAGCUUUGUGUGUUACAUGUUUCUUUUUAAUGUAAGUAAGGAAGUGAUUCUGUUUGCCAUUUCACCUAUUUAAGGUCCUAAAACUUUCCUUUAUAUGUUUCUGUCUUUACUUUGACCAAGAAUAAAUGACUGCUCUACAUUUUCUUUAAAAGAAUAUAUAUGAUAUAAAAGGUGAUUCAUGUGUAUUCACACCUACGUCCUUUUCUAAGUGAAAGUUGUUGCAAUACUUGCUUAUUUAUUUCUGUAGUUACUGUAAAAGUCAAUCUGUGAAUCUUAACUCUUAUUUAAUCUGCUUUUAUUGAAAAUGUUAUGUAUCAGAAAGAUUUAUAUAAAUGAGCCAUGCCAUGGGAAAACCAACAUAGUGGCUUUGCGACCAAUACGGAUCCAGACCAGCCUGCGCAUGCGCGCAGUCUGGUCAGGAUCCAUGCUGUUCGCUAACAGUUUCUCUAAUUGCAAUAGGCUUUGAAGGCGAACAGAAUGGAUCCUGACCGCGCAGGCUGGUCUGGAUCCAUGCUGAUCGCAAACCCACUUUGUUGGUUUUCUCAUGGCACAGCUCAAAUGUAGUUAUAAUAGAUAAUUUCUGAUGCUGUAUUAGAGUAGCACAAACUGUGUUUACUUUGUGGUAGGAUUGGAAUUGUAUUAUAUUGUAUAUUUGGAAAAUUAACAUACAUUUUAAAACAUUCAUACUUCAUCUUUGAUAUUUCAUUUAUUGUUGAUCGAUGAGAAAAUAAUUGUUACAAUUUGUCUAUGAAUUAAAAGUAUUUCACAGACA